AUGGCCACUCCAGGUAUGGUGGGAGGUGUGCAUGCACAGGCCCGAGGUUGCGGGGCCGGGCUGCUCGUCACCCUGCUCCCCAGCCUGAUGCUGAUGCUGCUGUUGCCAUGGGGACCCCAGGGAGCUCAGGCCCAGAACGACACUGAGCCCAUCAUGCUGGAGGGCAAGUGCCUGGUCGUGUGCGACUCCACCCCAUCCUCCGAGCCGGCGGGCAACGCGCUGGGCAUGUCGGUGCGCUCAGGCACUGGGCGGGUGGCCUUCUCCGUCACUCGGCAGACCAAUCAUGAGCCGACAGACAUGAGUAAUCGCACCAUGAUCAUUUACUUUGACCAGAUUUUGGUUAAUGUGGGGGCUCAUUUCGACCAGGAGAGCAGUGUCUUCUUGGCUCCCAGAAGGGGUGUGUACAGUUUCAAUUUCCACGUGGUGAAGGCUUACAACAGGCAAACCAUACAGGUAAGCCUGAUGCUCAAUGGCUGGCCCAUGGUAUCAGCCUUCGCUGGGGACCAAGAUGUGACCAGGGAGGCAGCCACCAACGCAGGCCUGGUGAUCAUGGAGAGGGGGGACAAGGCCUACCUCAAGCUGGAGCGGGGCAACCUGAUGGGCGGGUGGAAGUACUCCACCUUCUCUGGUUUCCUGGUCUUCCCCCUAUAG